UGCCGGUCGCUACUUCUUCCGCUGCUGAUUGGUCAACAGGCCGCCGGUCUGCGCGGCGCCGGCUCCGCCCCCGUAGGGUGUUUGUGGUGGGGCUGCGGAGUCGCCGAUCCCGCCGGAAGCGCCAGGACAAUGGGGACCCGGGACGACGAGUACGACUACCUGUUCAAAGUGGUGCUCAUCGGGGACUCGGGCGUGGGCAAGAGCAACCUGCUGUCGCGCUUCACCCGCAACGAGUUCAACCUGGAGAGCAAAAGCACAAUCGGCGUGGAGUUCGCCACCCGCAGCAUCCAGGUGGACGGCAAGACCAUCAAGGCACAGAUCUGGGACACGGCUGGCCAGGAGCGCUACCGCGCCAUCACCUCCGCGUACUACCGCGGCGCGGUGGGUGCGCUGCUGGUCUACGACAUCGCCAAGCACUUGACCUACGAGAACGUGGAGCGCUGGCUGAAGGAGCUGCGGGACCACGCGGACAGCAACAUCGUCAUCAUGCUGGUGGGCAACAAGAGCGACCUGCGCCACCUGCGGGCCGUGCCCACAGACGAGGCCCGCGCCUUCGCAGAGAAGAAUAACCUGUCCUUCAUUGAGACCUCAGCCUUGGAUUCCACCAACGUAGAGGAAGCGUUCAAGAACAUCCUCACAGAAAUCUACCGCAUCGUGUCCCAGAAGCAGAUCGCCGACCGCGCGGCCCACGACGAGUCCCCGGGCAACAACGUGGUGGACAUCAGCGUGCCGCCCACCACCGACGGACAGAAGCCCAGCAAGCUGCAGUGCUGCCAGAACCUGUGA